AUGCUUACUCCCCCUCCCUCCGUGAGUGAACAAAACCAUUAGAAAAAUCGCUAUUUUUUGCCCAAAAACCCACCCUCGGUGAAUGAACAAAAAUUUUUUUAAUAAAAAAAUUGUCUAUUAAAAAAAAUUUUGAUAUAUAAAUGAUAAUUAGUAUAAUGAAAUCUAGAGCUAAUUCUGUUUAAUUUUAAACGAACUGCUUUUUAAAGCAUAAAUUUUAUAAAUUAAAUUAAUAUUUACUUUCCAAUUUUUGUGAAUUAGGAUUUUUUUAAAUUUCGAAAAAAAAAUAUUUUUUAUAAAAUUUAUAUAUAAAUUUUUUUAAAAAAAUAAAAUGUUCACUCACGGAGGGGGGAGUUAGCAACCUCCGCCAGAAAUUUCUCCGUAACAUCGCUGUAAUUGCUCACGUUGAUCAUGGAAAAACAACUCUCGUAAACUCAAUCCUUACUCAGAGAGGAAACUACACGAAAUCAAUGGACAGCUUAGAUCUUGAGCAGGAGAGAGGGAUUACAAUCCUCUCUAAAGUGACUGGGAUUCCAUAUAAAGACUACCUAAUCAACUUUGUCGACACACCAGGGCAUGCAGAUUUUGGAGGCCAGGUGGAGCGUGUGAUGAGCAUAGUGGAUGGAUGCCUUCUAGUUGUCUGUGCCACUGAAGGUCCAAUGCCUCAAACUCGCUACGUUCUUAGUAAAGCUAUUGCUGCAGGCCUCAAGCCAAUAGUUGUCAUGAAUAAACUUGAUCGUCCUACAGCAAAGCCAGGCGAAGUCGAAAGCAGGAUUUUUGAUUUAUUUUGCAGUCUCAAUGUCAGUGAGCAUCAAUUGAGUUAUCCUCUGCUCUAUGCCUCAGGGAGAAGUGGUUGGGUUGAUAGAGAACUCAAAGGGCCAAGGGAAAAUUGUGACCCUCUACUGGAAACUAUAAUUAAUGAAGUUGACCCUCCAAAAGAAAAAGAGACUGGACCUUUUAGAAUGCUUAUCACAAUGACUGAGACUAAUCCUCAUUUCGGAAAAUAUAUGAUUGGAAAGGUCAAUCAAGGAGAAGUAAAGCUUGGUGACGAUAUUCAUCUGAUUGGAAGCCAAGGGGUUAAAGAAACAGGCAAAAUCACAAAAAUCCAAAAAACAUUGGGAAGUGAAAGAAUUGAUGUCAAUAAAGGAAUUGCAGGGGAUAUUAUAUUGGUGUCAGGCGUCAAUGGGCAAGUAAAUGAUACUGUUUCUCAUGUAGAAAAUACAGAAAAAUUGAAUGCAAUACCUAUUGAUGAGCCAACAAUGACUUUGAGAAUCAGGGCUAAUGACUCACCUUAUAAUUCACAAGAAGGAACAAAGAAUACUAUAGGUGCUAUAAAGAAAAGACUUUAUGAAGAAGCUGAAAAUGAUUUAGCUUUGGUGGUAAGAGAAGGAAACAAUUGUGUUGAAGUCUCUGGAAGAGGAGAGUUGCAUUUAGGAAUUUUAGUUGAAAAUCUGAGACGUGAAGACUUUGAAAUGACUAUUGAGCCUCCUAUUAUUUUGACCAAAAUUCUGGAAGAUGGCACAGUUGUCGAGCCAAUUGAAGAAGUUGUCAUUGAGUCUCCACAAGAGUUUGCACUGCCUUUAACUGAAGCUUUCUUAAAUAGACUAGCCACAUUCAUUGAUCAAAAAGAUAUAGAGGCUGCCUUUGAGAGUAGCGCUCUAAGCGCCCGAGACUUCCCGACGAAGUCUGGGCGGUGGUUUGACCAGCUGAUGUUGGUCGAACCAGCAUCCAAUUUGACAAACCUUCUGUAUAAGAAGAAUUUGUCAUUUUGGAUGUUGGUUUGACCAACAUCAGCUGGUCAAACCACCGCCCAGACUUCGUCGGGAAGUCUCGGGCGCUUAGAGCGCUACUCAAAGGCAGCCUCUAUAUUUCUGCGACCCAUUCUAGAGUAAUCUUCCAUAUCCCUACAAGAGCAAUGAUGGGGUUUAAGCCAAAACUUCUCAGUAUAACCAAAGGAAAUAUGACCAUUGAGUCCCAUGUUAAAACAUAUUCACCUUACAAAGGAGCACUCAGAAGAAGACAACAAGGAGUGGUAGUGGCAACCCACAAAGGAAAUUGCACUGAGUACGGAAUCAACCACUUAGAAGAAAAAGGCCAAGCUUUUAUUACCCCUGGGCAAAAAGUGUAUGAAGGAAUGAUCAUUGGAGAAACUACUGUUGAGGAUGAAAUUGUAUUAAAUCCAAAUAAGGAAAAAAGGCUGACUAAUGUAAGGUCUGCUAUGAGAGAUGAAAAUAUUAAGCUGAGUCCAGUUAAAACCUUUACAGUAGAAGAAGCUUUUGCUUAUAUUAAUGAAGAUGAACUAGUAGAAAUUACACCAAAGUCAAUCAGGCUGAGAAAGAAAAUUUUAGAUCAAGAAUCCAGAAAAAGAGCUAGAAAGUCUAAUGCUUAA